CCGCGUUCGCUCGUCCAUACUCUGCUCGAGAACACACCAUCCACGUUUCCACGAACUCUAUCGUUCGCUCUCUCGUGUGCUCUCUCCCCGUGGAUUUCUUGCCCCGCGCUUGGAACGAAUAAAAAACCGAUCCGAUCGCUUUGCGCGUAAGUAAAGACAUUUCUAUCAUCUUUUGCAUUUUCGACGAUCCCCUUGGCGAAGAUCGAAAGGAUACAGAAGUGGAGGAGGAAAAGGAAAAGGAGAAGAGGAGGAGGAGGAGGAGGAGGAGGAUAUAUAUCCGUCGGUGGUGGCGAGCGGAGACUUCGACGACCGGUACGAAGGAUGUCGCGCGUGGUGGACCACCCUGACUGUCGUUGUCGUCACCGUGUAUCGGUGACGACGAUCCUCGCCGCGAUCUUACGGUGAGAUCGCGCGGGCCCCGCGUGUGCGUGUUUCUACUUUUCUUCUUUUUCUCUCUCUCUCUCUCUUUCUCCUCUCUCCUUUCCCUUCCUCUCCGCAUAAAUAGACUCUCGAUACUACGCCUCUCCGAUCUCGGAUUACGAGGAAACAGGUCCGCCAAACUUAUACGCUGCUUGCUUAUGUAUAUAUAUGUAUAUGUAUAUACAUACGUGUGUGUGAUCAUUUAUCUCUUAUUGCGUAACGGAGAUACGAGGUAUAUAUGUAACGUUUAUCGUGAAAACAGUGUUAUGCCGGUAAUAAAGAUAUCGGUGAAGAAGGAAGGACAAAUUUCGAUUUGUUUUCGGGAAAGUGGUGACUGACGACACGUUGGAGGUGUUGGCCUCCUCCAUGUGCGGUGAGAGGAGAAGAAGCGGAGACUGAUCGAGGGAAGAGCGAUCGGGCGAAGAGGGGAAAAGCGUUGGUUGGGAGAUAGAUAGCAGGUGAAUGUGACAAGCCCAUCAGCUUCGCGCGCGACGCCCGUGGGAACCCGUGCCUGGAUCCCUGGAUUUAAUGCACGCCGGAAAUCGCAGCAUGGAGGACAUAGUGAGUACACCUGUGACGGUGGGCAGCACGAGCACGCCAAGCACCAACACGGUUCACCCGGGCGUGAACGACAUGGACUGGUUCGCCGGUGUGGCCGAGGAAGAAUUGCUGUACUACACGGGCGUCGGGAACGACGUCGACUCGCUUUGGGCUGUGAUCGGGAGCUUCGUGCCACCGCCGCCUAGGCCACCUUAUUUACCAGAGGAGGGUGUUACCACCGACGGACUCACCACCUGUGAUUUGUGCUCGUGGGCGUGGAGAAACGACAGGCAUUCCUUUUCCCUCGACGGCACUCUCGAAGCUCCUGGAGAACUUGGAUGGGUGCUGACUCUAGUGAUAGUGUCCUUAGUGUCGGCGGGUAUCGGCGCCGUGGUCAUGGUGACGCUUCUCCAUUGUCGAAGAUUGAAAAGCGCCGGUGGCAGAGCGAAUUGUUGCAACGUCGGCGUGGACGAUACGAACGCUCAAGAAACCAGUGGCCCGGGUAGCGGAGGAGGAGCUGGAGGUGGAGUGGCGGUUAUACCCGAUCGACCGCCUCUCGAACUCGACAAGCUGCCACCUUAUCACGAUGUCGCUCCUAGUCCUGGGCACAAUGUGUGGUCGUGGUUAGGCUCGCGACGCGGCGGCGGUACACCGGGAGUCGUGACGACGCCUCUGUCGCUUCCGCAACACAGACGAGCGAUGAAUCUCCCCGUGGAGAACCACUACACCCACAUGCAAACCGACGAGGCUCUAUACGCAGAGCUGGACUCUCAGGCCGCGAGCUACGCGAGCGAUCUCCAGCUACAAAUGAGAGGAAGCUCGACGUACGGUACAACUUCCGGCGGCCAGGACGACGAGUACCACGAGCUCGACGCCGCGAGGUUACAUCGUCAUUACGGCGGUAGCAACGGGGACGGAUCUCUGCAGAGGGACACGCUUCGUACGCGCCACAGUAAAAGGUUACAAGAACCGGAUUACGAGAUGUACGAGAACGGGCCGUCGACGCCAGUCCCGCCUGGUCAGAUGCAGCAUCACCACCACCAUCACCACCACCACCACCACAAUCAUCACCAUCAUCAUCCUCAGGAGCUACGCGUGGGUAGCAGGAACGGGGACCACCCCUCCUACCAAAACACCGCGUACACAGGAAGCGACGCGGAACCGGAUGGGCCGACGUUGAGCAGCGCGCCGAGCAGCGCCUACUACAGCGACCUGAGCUCGAAUUCGGCGAAUCAACAGAUGCCACCGGCGGCCGCACCAGCCUCCGGAGCCAACACGAAUCUCCACCUGAACCAGCAAGGGGGAGGCCUGGAAACGCCUCAGUAUCGAUUGGCGGCGAUAAACGAGACCUCGGUACCAUCCGACUAUAUUUAGAACCAAAUUUCUUCAAAAGAAUUAGAGCGAGCGAGCGUGUUUUUCUUAUAUUUAUCUUUCUUUCCUCGAGAAAAAGAAGAAGAAGAAGAAGAAGAAGACUGAACGCGCUUUUUGAGACCAAGAUGACAAUCCCAACGACUCAGGACAUUAUAUUAAGAUCGUAGGAGAUGUUGCGAAUCGAGUAUCGGAGAUUAGAUUGCGAGGUUAGGUUUGCCAGGGAACGCCAGGGAAAGGGAAUUCCUCGACGAUGAGAUUCACGGCGAAACGGUAGUGCCAUAACAAGUACCCCGGUCGAUGUCUUCGAGAUUGGUUGGCGGACGCGACGAAAGCGAGAAGAAGAAAAAUUUCGAGCAAUUUUUCGAAAAUUCUGUUUCCGAUAAGAGAGAAAAGGGAAGGGAAAUUUUUAUCCGAGGGGAUUUUUAAAAAUGUAUCUCGUACGAAUGGUACGUGUGAAUAUUUAACGAGAUAAAUCGGUGCUCGUCACUGAAUCGUUAAAUACAAGGUAUCCGCCGUCAGGUUCGAUCCUCGUUUAUCUUCGAUCCUCGUUCGACGCUGGAAUUAAUUCGUUUCACCCGAUUCGGCAGGACUCGUUUAAUCGACGCCGUCGUGUCCUCUUAAUUACCUUCCCCUCGGACAGCCUCGAUUGUUCCUUCGACAGAACACGAACCGGUGGAGACGUUCCCCGCCCAACGGAUUCCCCGCGUUUUACGUCUUUCGUUCGUAUCUCACCUGCGCACCCACCUUGUCGCAAUCACCUUCCAACAAUCCCCUUCUUUAAAUCCCACGUAAAUCUCCAAUUUCGAUUCACCGCCGAAGUUUAAAUAAUUCAUUCAUUCGGCAUAAAUAAGGUAUAAAGAAGAGGAGGAAAAUUUUGAUCGUCGCGAUUCAUUAUAGGCUCUUGAGAAAUUUGAAAGAAUUCUGUAAUUUUGUAACUCUUAUUAUUAAAUUUUUAAACUCUCCUUGGGUAACUCUGAUCCACUAUGAACUUUCAAAAAAUUCUAAUUCAUUGUAUAACUAUUAUUAUAAAUUUUUAAAAUUCUCCUUGGGUAAUUCUGAUCCAUUAUGGACUCUCAAAAAAUUCUAAUCCAUUGUAACUAUUAUUACAAAUUUUCAAACUCUCCUUGGAUAAGGAAGUAACUCUGAUCUACUAUGGACUCUCAAAAAAUUCUAAUCCAUUAUAUAACUAUUAUUAUAAAUUUUUAAACUCUCCUUGGAUAACUUUGAUCCACCAUGAAUUCUCAAAAAAUUCUAAUCCAUUGUAACUAUUAUUACAAAUUUUCAAACUCUCCUUGGAUAAGGAAAUAACUUUGAUCUACUAUGGAACUUUCAAAAAAUUCUAAUCCAUUGUACAACUAUUAUUACAAAUUUUUAAACUCUUAGAUAACUCUGCUCCACCAUGGACUCUCAAAAAAUUCUAAUCCAUUGUAUAACUAUUAUUAUAAAUUUUCAAACUCUUCUUGAAUAACUCUGAUCCACUAUGGAAUUUUCAAAAAAUUCAUUGUAACUAUUAUUACAAAUUUUCAAACUUUUCUUGGAUAAAGAGAUAACUUUGAUCCACUAUGGACUCUCAAAAAAUUCCAAUUCAUUGUAAUUAUUAUACAAAUUCAUUUUCAAACUCUCUUUGGAUAAAGAGAUUCUGUUGUAACUCUUAAAUUAAAUUAAAUUUUCAAAUUUUCUCUGGAUAAGCUUGAUCUACUAUGGACUCUCAAAAAAUUCUAAUCCAUUGCAUAACUAUUAUUACAAAUUUUCUCCUUAGAUAACUCUGAUCUAUUAUGCAUUCAUGUCAAAAAAAUUCGAAAGAAUUCUAGAAAAAGAUCCAUUAUAACUAUUAUUACAAAUUUUCAAAUAUUACUCACAACUAAUUCUCCUUAUUUAAAACACGGAUCGUAUAAUAAAUGCAUAAUAAAUAUUUUGAAAAGGGAAUCGAGGAAUGAAAUUCUUCGGCCAUUUUGGUUCAACCCCGGAUAAAUCGACGUAAAUUACGCGAAAGUGCCGCGUGCCCGUAAAUUACCAGUGCGACAAAGAAUGGCAACGCUUCGUUGAACGGCCGAAAAAUCGUUGGCGGCUCUCCUCUUUAACACAGGAGGGGUCCGCGCAACAACAGAUGCAACGAUGCAACUUGCAAUAAUUAAUUGCGCCCCCGCGGUCACAAUGGCGAUAGGGAGAGGGAGAGAGAGGGAAAGAGAGCGAGAGCCGGUGGGGUGGCUGGCGCGCAUUAUUCCGCCACGAAAAAAAUCCCACGAACGAGGCGCGCUGUCCGAUCGCUGGUUUCUUAUCGUUACGCGAACGAGAACGGAAUUUUAUGGAAUUCGUUUGGUGCCCACGCUUAAUUAAGGUUCCGCUUUCUUCCCCGACAAAAGGAUCUUCCGCAUCUUUUCGCGUUUUCAGAUUCGCCAAGAAAUUUAUAUUCUCGGUUAUAUUCUCAGACAUUCUACCACUUUCGUUAGAAUUUCGUGUAAAAUUGUGUGAAUCAAUUUUCUUUUUAAUCGAAAGCGUCUAAAGUGUAUAUAGUAUUUUUAAUAAAACGCCAAUGCAAGAAAAAAAAAAAAAAGAGAAUGAUAAGAAAAAUGACGAUAAGACGAAUUAAUAUAAAAUGAAAGAAAUCUCCGUCUACGUUCCAUUUUCUAAAAUGCAAAGUUUACUCCACUCGUUUACUCGGCGAGGAGAGUCUCGAAAUUCUUGGAAGAAAUAUUAUUUUUAUAAUAAAAAGAGAAAAAAAAUUCGGCGAAAUUUCUGGAUCGACGUGGAACUUGGCCGUGGAACGAGGAGGAGAAGGUGGUGGAGGAGCGCGCACCAUCUUCGCCCCUGCUACGGGAUAUGUAAAUUAUACAUGUAAAUAUAGCGAGGCAACCGAGCCGAGAAAGAUCGAACGGCGAGAUAUUGAGAUACGUGUUGGCGAUCCGCACACUUUCGCCUCUUCCUUUCGUCGAUUUUAUGCGAUCGAACGCUCCUGGUUAAAAGUCACCGGAUAUCUGUUGACUUUAAACGCAUAAAUUUAUCGAUCUAUUAAUCUGUUAACUGCGUACGUACUCACCGUUCCUUCAUUUUUCCUCCACACAAUUUGCAACAUUUUUAAAACACAGCUAACAAAUUAAUAAUUCAAAUUUGUAAACUUGUUUCUUUCGUCUAUAUUAAUUGUAAAAUCGUAUAUCUAAUGUAAUUGCGUAGUUUCGUAUAAAGAUAUAUUUAUAUUAGUAUCGUUAAAAUGUAAAGAUUUGCUUACAAAUAACGUGAACGUGGCUCGUUGCAAUCCCAACGUUCAUUUGUAUUGUGCGAGUGUCCGGUGACUUAUGGACGGGAGUGUUUACGCCCGAAUACCUUUGUCGUCGCUCCGCCACCGAAAAAUAUUCUUAUCCCCGCGUGCGCGCAUACCGCCAACCCGCUAAUUCCUAUGCAUUUUUCGCAUUACCGGUGAAACGGCAGCGUUCCUCGUUGCCCGAGGAGAGUUCCCACAAUGGAAAAAUGUUAAGUGGAAUGAAACCCUUAACUCUGCCCGGUUAAAUUGUUCAUCGACUGGUUUCGUCGUAUCGCGUGUCGUUUCGUUUGAAAAUUUAUCCGAUGUGGAGGACCGAGGAAUUUCGAUCGAUCGUCCUCGGUCGAAACGAUGGAUUUCCCAUUCUUUCGCGUCGAGAGAGAGAUUAACGCGAGUUAUGAUGGAAUUAGGCAAUAUCAAGAUUUGUACGGACAGAUUCUUAUAAAACUUUCACAUUUUGACGCUUUGUAUAUGUUUAAGAGACUCGGGAA